AUGCUUAUCACUAACAUUCCGGUGACUGCAGUAUAUAAUCUUCGUGCUGACGAGACAUUAGCAUCUCUAAAUGAUUCCAAAUCGCCUCAUAUCAAAGUUAUUGAUAGUGAACAAGAACUGAUGCGUCAUCUAUGUAUGCAGACUGCACAAUCAAUGGAUCAAUCAUCUGAAGAAAUAUAUCGACAAGUUCAAGCUCUAGUGGAACAGUAUCAUUCUCUUUGCAAAGAUGGUCGGUUCACGAUGGCUGCUGAAAUAAGAUCGCAGAUUGAAAAUCUUAUAUUGAACAGUUUUCCUGAAGCACCUCUUUCAAUUCAAAUUGAAAACUAUUUACCAAACGAUCCUACUGACAAUUAG